AUGUCUGGCAUUGAUUUGUUAGACAAUUUUGAAAUAUUCAAUAAAGUACCCGGCUACAUUAAAUACCGUAUCAAACUUGUCCAUUGCGCGGGYGAGUCGGGAGACACUGGUCUAUAUGUUGUCACCGAUGAUGACAAUGAUGUCGGCACCGACACCACCACUACCGUCACCAAUGAUCGGGUCUAUUCAUUAGGCCGUCAACUGAGUCCACGGCUAGAUAUGGACGAUAUAUUUGUCGACGAACCGCAACUAAUACCCGAACUGUCCGGUAAACAAGUGGUCAGUUUUCGUAUAGCCGACUCGUUUGCCAUAUGUCUGACCUAUGAUGGCGGCGGCGGCGGCCGACGGCGGCUGUAUAGUUGGGGUUACAAUACAUGGGGACAGUUGGGUAGAGUURCUACUCCCGGCACCAGUCACGACUAUAAACCGGCGCCCAUCCGGCUAUUGGACAACAAACWGAUCGCCGAAGUCCAGUGCGGUUAUCAACACGCGCUAGCCUUGACCACCACUGAUGGGGCAGUUGUCUACGGUUGGGGCGAUAAUCGAUGGGGACAGUGCGGUACGGGUUUGCUAACCACACGUUUGCUAUUGCCUACCCGUGUUUUAUUACCCACAAAUACGGUAAUUAAAUCUAUAUAUUGUUUUACCAAUACUUCAUAUGCUAUACGUACGAGUGAUGGACGGGUAUAUCGUUGGGGACGCGACMGGUUUACYGGSRAUACAUUGAAUMGGAUAUACAGACCGCAACUAUUGGACCCGGAGUUGUUAGUUGACGUCAAAUGUAUAUCGGAUUUCAAAUUUCAGACAUAUUUUCUGGCAAACAAUGGACAGUUGUAUUAUAUGGGAUUUGUUGGCRACAAUGUAUACGAUAGGCCGACCCUACUAUUGACUAAUAUACAAAUUGACGGCUAUUUUCAUCAGCAAUUUCAAUGUCUAAAACUAAUUGGUUCGGGAGGUUAUGGACGGGUAUAUAAAGUUGAAGACCGCGAUACAAAACAGUUGUCGGCAAUCAAGUCUAUUGAUUACGAAACUUAUUUAACUAACAAUUUAAUCGAUGAAAUAAAAAGUUUACUAAAAUUUCGUUCACAAUAUGUUGUCAACUAUUUCGAUGCAUGGCUUGAAUCGGACGGCCUAUACAUACAAAUGGAGUUAAUUAGUCACAGUUUGCGGGAUAUUAUUGAACAAAAAGGCCGGGUAUUUGGUCGACAAUCCCGUGGAGGAGAACCGUUAGAUUCAAUGGAGUUUUAUCUGACUAGUCAUCUAAUGUUAGAGUUGUUAGAAUGUGUUAAUUUGUUGCAUACAAGCGAACCGUUGGUUAUACACCGGGAUCUUAAACCGGAAAACAUACUCAUCAAUGUUAAACAAGUGGACGACACUAUGAUUGGUGGUAGUAGUUGUMGACUAAAAUUAUGUGACCUAGGUAUGGCCACUGAGCAUAACCGUAAUASRGAUGAUCYACAGUAUGGCAGUGAUCKRCAUUCGGGUAAUGCCUGUACUAAAAAUUAUAGGGCACCUGAAGUUAUGGCCAAUGAURCCAAUGAUGCCRAUGAUGAUGAUGAUGAUGAUAAUARCCUACGGGUGCCCUAUAAUGAAAAAAUGGAUAUCUAUAGCUUAGGUUUAAUACUAAUGGAGUUAUUUGAUAUCGAAAAUUUAGACACUUGCCUAGAUUUAUAUACAGGCACAAAUCUACAUGAUUAUUUUKUAAUAUUAAUUGAAGAUUUAUUGAGGAAAAUGUUGCUAGCUGAUAAUUAUCAUCAUAGACCAACAUGUGUAAUUACAUUUGGAUUUCUAUUCACGAAUCUAUUGAUUCAAACCAUAUAUUGCCAGCAAAUCGAUAAAAAAGUUGGCGGCACCGAUAGGCCCCGAUAUAGGACAGCCUACGCUUGCGAGGGCUCGGAGUUGAGCAUMCAGUGCGAUGAAGGUACCCUGAUCAAUUUGAUCAGGGCCAACUAUGGCCGUUUCAGUAUAUCCAUAUGCAACGAGCACGGGGAUCUAGACUGGAGUGUCGAUUGUAAAUCGCAAAAAUCAUAUUUUGUCACCGCCAACAAAUGUGCCUUUCAAAAAAGUUGCACAUUAUCAUCGUCUAGCCUGGUAUUUGAUGAUCCCUGUCCCGGCACCUACAAGUAUCUGGAGGCCCAUUAUCAAUGUCUACCAGAGUCGACAACACAACAGCUAAAACAUUUACAGUCAACGUURCGRCCCAACGACACCUAYGGMCAUCACAUACCUGUCCAUCACAUUAUGAACGGUUUGGGUACACCAUCUGUUAGUAGUGGUGGCCGACCGUCUAAUAGAGGAGGCAGUGAUCCAUUAGUGCCGGCACUGUCGUCCUCAACGCCGGUAACGGCACCUGCAGAUCAACAACAAUUGCCAGCCCAUACAGCAGCUGCUGCUGCUGCCGGUGGCCAACAGCAUAGCCGUCCGCCUAUAAUAGUACCGCUAACCCAGAUCUACCGGAGCAGCACCAGUACCUCUACCACUACUACCGCCAGCAGCAGCAGUAGCUCAACCACCGGUUCGCCCUACUGCUGCUGCCAUGCCUUCAUUGUCGUCGUUGUCGACCAUUGCCAGCACCAGUACUACUACGACUACUACUACUGUUAG